UAUGCAGCUUCGUGGUCCACAAGCGAUGUCACGAAUAUGUCUCGUUUACCUGCCCCGGAGCCGACAAAGGAGCAGAUUCAGACGAUUCUCGGACGAAACAUCGGUUCAAGGUGCACACAUACAGCAGUCCAACAUUCUGCGACCACUGUGGAUCACUACUAUAUGGGGUGAUCCACCAGGGCAUGAAAUGUGAAGCAUGUGACAUGAACGUACACAAACGCUGUGUGGAGACGGUUCCUAACCUAUGUGGCUGCGAUCACACGGAGAGAAGAGGGCGAAUUGAACUGAAGAUUAUCUGUGCUGGCAACAAAUUGACUAUUGAAAUUCGCCAAGGCCGAAACCUAAUUCCAAUGGAUCCAAAUGGUUCAUCUGAUCCAUAUGUAAAACUCAAGCUCAUACCUGAUACAGACAGCAUAAAGAAGAAAACAAAGACAAUCCGUUCCUCUCUGAACCCUGUUUGGAAUGAGACAAUAACAUUUGAACUGAAGCCAGAAGACAAGGAUAGGCGGCUUCUGAUAGAAGUGUGGGACUGGGAUCGAACUUCACGUAAUGAUUUUAUGGGCUCCCUGUCAUUUGGCAUCUCUGAGCUCAUUAAAGCACCAGUUGAGGGGUGGUACAAACUCCUGACACAAGAAGAAGGAGAAUUUUACAAUGUCCCUGUACCUGAGGAGGGUGCAGAUCUUGCUUCACUGAAAAAUCAGAUGAGAAAAACUUCCAUUACAAAGAAAGCACCUCCUCCUUCUGACAAAGAUGUACCACACAAUAUGGGAAGGAAGGAUGUCAUACGUGCUUCAGAUUUCAACUUCCUCAUGGUUCUGGGGAAAGGCAGCUUUGGCAAGGUUAUGUUAGCAGAAAGGAAAGGAACAGAUGAAUUGUAUGCAAUUAAAAUACUGAAAAAAGAUAUCAUCAUUCAGGAUGAUGAUGUUGAAUGUACAAUGGUUGAAAAGCGAGUGUUGGCCUUAUCAAGCAAACCACCCUUCCUUGUUCAGUUGCAUUCCUGUUUUCAGACUAUGGACCGCUUGUAUUUUGUGAUGGAAUAUGUGAAUGGAGGAGACUUAAUGUUCCAGAUACAGCAGUGUGGUAAAUUUAAAGAACCUGUUGCUGUGUUCUAUGCUGCAGAGAUUGCAAUAGGACUAUUUUUCCUUCAUGCUCGAGGAAUUGUAUACCGAGAUUUAAAACUGGACAACGUUCUUCUGGAUCAGGAUGGACAUAUUAAGAUAGCUGAUUUUGGCAUGUGCAAAGAAGGUAUAACUGGUGACAAGACAACAAAGACAUUCUGUGGGACGCCAGACUACAUAGCACCAGAGAUUAUUUUGUAUCAGCCUUAUGGGAAAUCUGUGGACUGGUGGGCUUAUGGUGUAUUGCUGUAUGAAAUGCUUGUUGGACAGCCUCCAUUUGAUGGUGAAGAUGAAGAAGAACUUUUUGCUGCAAUCACUGACCACAAUGUCUCAUAUCCUAAGAGCUUAUCAAAGGAGGCAAAAGAAGCAUGCAAAGGGUUUCUUACUAAGAACCCAAUGAAAAGACUUGGAUGUGGGACAAGUGGAGAAGAGGAUGUCAGAGGUCAUGCAUUUUUCAGAAGGAUUGACUGGGAGAAAAUUGAGAACCGUGAAGUCCAGCCUCCUUUCAAGCCAAAAAUAAAACAUCGUAAAGAUGUCAGUAAUUUUGAUAAGCAGUUCACAUCAGAGAAGACAGAUCUAACUCCUACUGACAAACUGUUCAUGAUGAAUCUCGACCAGACUGAAUUCAUGGGCUUCUCAUUCUUAAAUCCAGAAUUUGUGCAGCAUGUGUAAAACCAGUUUGACAGAUGUCUGUUUAUGGUGAAAAGAGAGAUGCGCCUACCUCCUUGUUGAUGGAAGAAUACUGUUAGAAGAUGAAUGUUCCAUGUCAGGUGAACAGUGUGUCUGGAUACAUGUUCCACUUCUCAUUCAAACCUUCUCAUGGUCUUCCUGGUUGGUUUGAGCUGUGUACACAUGCCAGAAGCAAUAAAAGUAAGAUAAUUAGAAUUGACACUGCAACCUGUAUUAUUUUAGCUGUUUAAGUAUGUUAUUGGAGAGCAAUAGCAUUCUGCAUACUCAUAAUUUUCAAACACACGUGUCUGAAAAUUUUGUAUUCAUUCCAUCUGUGUACAUUAAACAUUAAAUGAUACUUUGACAUUUGUAAAUUGUAGUUCAAUACAUUUAAUGCUAUAAACACUCAGACACUUUGUUACUUUUGAAACUUUAGUGAUUGAAUUUCUUCUUCAAUUCUCAUUAUCCCAUCGUGUUUGGAAUUAAAGAUAGAACUAGUUUACAAGACAAUAUGAAAUACUCUGAUUUCCAAAUGAAGCUUUAUUAUUAUCUAAAUAUAGAAACAUAUCUGACAUUCCUAGAAUUCUGUGCAGUUUCAAUAAAAUGGUGAUUGUAAAUAAUUGUUCAUAUUAUACAUUUUGUUUUGAGAACUGCACUGCAAUGUCUCUUCGAAAAUGUUUUCAAAGUUGUUUCUUUAUGUGUACUAUCUUUUAUGUUUAAAAAUAUAGUUAUUUACACAUAAAUAUGUAUAUUGUGUGUGGAAGAUGUACACAAGACAUUAGAAAUGAUAUUAUAUAGUUGAAACUUAAUUCUCUUAAAAAAAUAUUUUUAAUAAAUGUUCCAAGUGCCUGCUUCAAACUCUCUUCAUGCACAUUGGGACAUCCAUAUCUCAUAAUAUUAUAUGAAUUGUCUAUCUAUUUGUGUGCUUAUGGGUUGGAUUCCACCAAUGUUUAUAGUGCAAAUAUGUAAUAUAAUUUUUUACAUUCGAGUUCCUACUGACUGAUAGAAAUGUUAAUUACUGUUCCCUGUUAAAUACAUUGUGUGUUCUAACAGAAAGUUUGUUCUUCAUUUGACCGUUGUGGUUGUGUGGUGAACAACUAACGAUUCUGUACAAUAAUGUGACAUAAUAUUCCAACAUUGUUAUAGAAAAUUACACUGUAUAACACCAAGUCUGUUGCCUGUUUUGUGAUUAUAUUGUGCUGUCAUUUUUAAAGGUGCAAGAGGCAUGCAUCUCAUUUCAGAUUUUUAAUGUAGUGUGAGUACAAUUUUAAUAAACUAUAUGUGCAGCUUUGUCAGAUUAAACACAA